AUGACGGAAUUACACACCGACUCUACUGAUAUCACUGAUAUCAUUUGGCUUGAUAAUAAGACCCCAAAGAAUUUCCAUGCAAAGACGAAUCGUCGUCAGUUAGGGACGAUAGCUCAGCGAGCUCAACACUAUUCCAAAUGGCGAAGGGAGGAAAAGCUUCGAGAGGAAUUCGCAUUCUCUACGAAGAGAGCAUCAACGACAAGCAAUCGAAAUGACAAGGUCCAUCAAGGCGUUCUCGUGCUUCGCCAGCAUUUAGAGUCUGAAGCCGGAGCCCGGGCCAACAAUCUUCCAUCGUUCGCAAGGCGAUAUAAGACAUCAGAGCUUGACAGCGGUUUCAUUGAAUUUCAAGUCGGUCCGCGGAACAGCCGAGGCAGGAAAUCAACAAGCAAUCUAGCAGCACAGCCACGGCCAGCUAGCCCAAGCAUCCCUUCAUAUCUUGGAGGAAACGCUGACCCUUUUGACGCAACACCAGUGCCGUUGGACUCGUGGAACUAUGGGAUUCUAGCCUACAUUCGACCCUUUACGCUAAACACUGUAUGGCCUGUUGAAAUGGAAAAUUCGAGGGGCCAAUCUUACGUAUCGCCAGCGCACAAGAGUGUCUACAAGGCUUUCGUCUCUCACUUAUCAGUUUCCCAUGCCAUGCUAGCAUACAGCUGGGCUGUCAUGUUGAUGCUGCGUCCCGAUCAAAAGGAAGAAUGCCACUACAAAAUCACGCAGCACGUCUUGAGAGCCAUGCACGCACUUCGAUCAAUCAUUGCGUCUUUAUCUCAAGAAAGCGAUCUCGCCAGCAUGAUUUGCGCGCUCCAGACAGUUCAGACGCUGACAUCCGCCGAGAUUUACCGAGGCAAUCGCGAGGCGACUUCGCAGCAUAGGAGGGCUCUGGGCGUUCUCCUCGGACUCAUUGGCGAGUCUCGCAACGUUCCAUGGAUCCUCAGAAGCGCGAUUAGCUUUUUGAUCGUCCGGGUCGCCGCCAACACGGGGACAAGGACAGAUGUCGACCCAUCAUAUUGGGAUCCCGGGCCAUGGUGCACACAAGACAUACCAGUCGGGGAAAUGGUGUCUCCAAGAAUCCAUCCAGCGCUACUGGAAGACACUAUCACACCGCAAUCCGCUAGGGCGAACGAUAUUUUACCGGGACUUUUCGCCAACUUGCGUGAAGUGCUGGCCGUAAUGGAAGAGCACAAACGCACCAGCAGCAUUUCAAGUGAAGACAAUUACAUUUCCACCCUCCAGUGGGCACAUUCACGACGGAUGGCAAUCCGCGGGCGCAUUGGGAACCACUGGGCGGACAUCACAGAAACAUGCCAGUCAGUGGCGCCUCAGACGGGCACCCUGUCUAGCCCGACCACUGUCCACUUCGCCACCGUCGAUAUGUGUCUGUGCCUGGCAAUGUUGAUUUUCAUCAGCUACGGUCUCGAGAGUCCAAUGGCCAAGAGGCAGCAUUGGAUCCCCAGUGGACAGAUCCACCACCUGAUGCUCCUGCGCUGCACGCGGAAGCUCGGAUUCGAGCUCGAAGCCGUUGAUGUCGAGGAGCACGCCGCUACGGGAAUCCGGGAUCUUCUUUGGGUGUGUGCCGUUGGCGUCCAUGUCGAGGAGGAGUAUGCGCUGUGGAAACGGUCGGCCAAGACGAUGCCGCUCUGGUGGGAUAGGUUGGAUCCGGAUGAGUUUGAUGUGCGUUGGUUCUCGAUUCGGUUCGGCGUCUUCGCCAGACGGCUGGGCUUUGAGAAUUUUGAGGAUGUCGUGGAUUUAUUGAAGAGGGAAUACGUCUAUGUCGCGGAAGUCUACGAUGUUGUGCUGAAAAGAGCUUUCGAACUUGUGUGA